AUGACAGAAAUAAAUAAUAAUAAUAAUAUAGAUAUAGAAAAUAAAGAUAUAGAUAAUAAUAUAGAUAAUAAUGAAGAAAAAAAACCGAAUUGUUUAUUUAAAAAACCAACCAAACAAAGAAAUAAUAUAAGAAAAAGAUCUGAUGAUCAAAUGUUAAAUAAUAAUAAUAAUAAUAACACUGAUAAAGAAGAAGAGAAAACAGAAGAAGAGGAUAGCGAUAAAAAUAAUAAAAAAAAAGUUAAAAUUAAUCAAUAUACAACAAAACAAGAAAAAAAGAAUGAAUUUUCAUUUGGAUCAACAGGUGUUGCAGGGUCAUCAAUUAAUUCAGCGGAAUUAUCAACAACAGAGUAUCAUAAUGAAGAGGAUGAAUAUGAAAACACUGUUUUAUCAUCAAGAGGUUUGAAAAGAGAAGAUAUUGAAAAGCAAAAACAAGCAACCAAUGAUGAUGGAAUUUAUCGUGGUAUGGGUUCCUAUUCAACAUUUACAGAAAAGAAAUCUGAUCUUUCUUAUAAAGGUGGUGGUGUUAAAGCUGGCCCAUUAAAAACUAUAGCAAACGUUAGACUAUCAAGUAGAAUCGAUUAUCAACCAGAUGUAUGUAAAGAUUAUAAACAAACUGGCCAAUGUACUUUUGGUGAUGCAUGUAAAUUUUUACAUGAUCGUACUGAUUACAAAUCAGGUUGGCAAAUUGACAGAGAAUGGGAAGAAGAACAAAAGACAAAAAAAUCAGGUAAAGAUACUUCAUCAUCAUCAACUACAGCAACAUCGACUGCUGAUGAGUUGCCAUUUGCUUGUUUUAUUUGUAAAAAUCAAUACGAUAACCCAGUAAUGACUAAAUGUAAACAUUUCUUUUGUGAAAAAUGUGCAUUGGAUCAAAAUAAAAAAAAUAAAAAAUGUGCAUUAUGUGGUGAGCCAACUCAAGGUGUUUUCUCUCAACCAAAAAAAACAAUCGACAAAUUAAUGGAGGUUUCAAAAGCACAUUUUAAUAAUUUAAAUAAAUAA